UCUYAUCAAGGAUGCAAUCCUGAGGAUUGUUGAUCAUCGAGCUGUUUGAGAGUUUGUUUGUCAAUCUCCAACCGCUGAGAAAUCUUUUCCAGUAAUCGUUCCUCCCUCAACACUCUGUACUGUGCCCUCGCUCGAAGCUCCUCCGUGGAUGGUGCUUGAUUKAGGUUGGAGGUUUUGAUGGCGGAAGAUUUCGUCACUGCCGCCUCUGUGGACGACGACGAAGGUGGAAGCAUUUUUACUCCAUUGCUGUUCGACGGACCUGCGAGAACCGUUUCGACCGUCAGCAUGUUCGGCACUGGCCRUGCGCUAUAUGGAGACGGCUGGUCUCUAAUCAUGGACAAUCCCGCACCGUAUCCAAUGCAAGCCGAGAGAAUGGUCGCACUAACCAAAGCGGACAUCGCUGCUGUGCCACCAGGAAGCAACCAGCGUGGGAUGGAGGGCUUUUCACCAUCCYCUCUAACACUGUCUCUGCUGAUCUCCUGGGUAUUUGGUCUUAAUUUAUUUCCRUCUUUUGUAUGCCAUUUGUCGAACAUCAUUGGUUGGCCUAGUUCGUAGAUUCUACCCCCUACCGCUUCGAUAUAUCCUCCGGGAAAUAAAGAGACCACACGUGACGAUCCGUCCGCAAACGGRUCUCCCUCCAAACGCCCAAUCGAGUGGUAAUGAAACCAGAUCGUGCGUCGUCCUUCGCUAUUUCCAUUUCCAAUUUGACCAACUGCUCUGUUGUCUUGUUGCUCGACAUCUAUUUUCCAAUUUUCCAAGACUGGUGGAGAGUCCCCAAACACAAGCAAUGAUCUGCGUCCUCUCCUGUUUUCGCUCUUCUCCAUGAUCGCGACGGUAGCUUGCCUUUCCUGCUGUAGUUCGAGAGUUCUUUGGUAUAGAUCCUCUGGCUCUUUUCCGGAAAAGAAGGCGGAAUUCGCGGACCAGAGUUGGGUCCAAAACGUCUUCGUCUCUGUCGUGGUAGACACAGUAAAUAGGGGCAGAUUAUCCACCAACGCCCAAUCUUCUUCCAUUGUCCAAUUAGCCGUUCCCUCUUCAUCGUCUAGGUGGCCAUUGUCGUCCUUGAUCAAAGCAAGUGGUGCACACCCCGAAACGAAUAGAGUUCUUCCGUGGUU